UGAAUCCUCCUUCCUAAAGCGGAAGUGUUUUAAUUUUUGACUCGGCUCCAUUUUGUUGAGAAACGAAAUCGUGUUUUUAAGGUAGAAGCGGUAAUAUUGAUGUCACACUACAAUAACUGUUGACAGAGGUCUCGGCUGUGUGCAUACUUUACUAACAUUCAAAGAUGGAGAAUCCGGAUCAGGACACCGAUAAUGAGUCCCCACCCGCAAAAAUACGUAAACUCCAGGGCAAGAGAUCAGAAUCACCAGCACCUAGCUGUAUCUCCAUGAAGAGUCAUGAGUCUAUUGAGCCUCCCUUGGAUUUUAAAGAUGGAGGGUCAUCAACUAAACACACUGUUUUACAGGAGGAAGAAAAGAACAUCACAGAUACAGAGCAUGGCCCAGAAUCUGUGGCUGUAGAUGAAUUCCAGAAAAACUUAAAAUUAUAUCUGAUGAAGUUAUUUCAGUAUUUGCAUGGAGUAAUGUUAGGCCCUGGGAACCGAACACUCCUGUGUGAGAUCUACACAGAGCUCUAUAUCACAGAGGGAGACAGUGGAGAAGUUAAUAAUGAACAUGAGGUGAGACAGAUUGAGGCAGCAUUCAGGAGAACAACAACAGAGGAAACACCAAUCAAAUGCAAUGACAUCUUUAAGCCUUUAUCUGAACAAGAUGAAUCCAUCAGAACUGUGCUGACGAAGGGAGUCGCUGGCAUCGGGAAAACAGUCUCUGUGCAGAAGUUCAUUCUGGACUGGGCUGAAGGGGAAGCAAAUCAGGACAUUCACUUCAUAUUUCCACUUCCUUUCAGAGAGCUGAAUUUGAUGAAGGACCAGAAAUGGAGUCUGAUGGAGCUCCUUCAUGUCUUUUUUAAGGAAACAAUAGAAAACGAAAUGUUGAGUUCAAAAAAGGUUUUGUUCAUUUUUGAUGGAUUGGAUGAGUGUCGUUUUCCUCUAGAUUUCCAGAACACAGUGAAAGUGUGUGAUGUAACUGAAUCAGCAUCAGUGCCUGUGCUGCUGAUAAACCUGAUCAGAAGGAAUCUGCUUCCCUCUGCUCUCAUCUGGAUCACCUCCAGAUCUGCAGCAGCUGAUCAAAUCUCCUCUGACUAUGUGCAUCGUGUCACAGAGGUACGAGGGUUCAGUGACCCACAGAAGGAGGAGUACUUCAGGAAGAGGAUCAGUGAUCAGAGCCUGGCCAAUAACAUCAUCACACACCUGAAGUCAUUAAGAAGCCUCUACAUCAUGUGUCACAUCCCAGUCUUCUGCUGGAUUUCAGCCACUGUUCUACAGAGAAUGUUGGGUGAAGCAGAGAGUGGAGAGAUCCCCAAGACUCUGACUCAAAUGUACACACACUUCCUCAUCAUUCAGACAAACAUCAUAAGAGAAAAAUACUCAAAGAAGCAGGAGAGUGAUGAAGAAUUGCUUCUUAAACUGGGACAACUAGCUUUUCAGCAGUUUAUAAAAGGGAACCUGAUCUUCUAUGAAGAAGACCUGAGAGAGUGUGGCAUCGAUGUGACAGAAGCAGCAGUGUACUCAGGUGUGUGUACACAGAUCUUCAGAGAAGAGCUUGGGCUUCAUCAGAGUAAAGUGUACUGCUUUGUACAUCUGAGUGUUCAUGAGCACCUCGCAGCUCUGUAUGUGCACCUGACCUUCAUGAUGGAAAAUAGGAAUGUUCUUAAACAGAAUCAGCUCUCUGAACAGGAGAUAAAAGAAAAUAUAAUCUCACAUUUACACAAGAGUGCUGUAGAUCAGGCUUUAGAAAGUCAGACUGGACAACUGGAUCUUUUCCUUCGCUUUCUUCUGGGUCUCUCACUGAAGUCCAAUCAGAAACUCCUACAUGCUUUAGUAACCCAGACAGGAAGUAGCUACCAAAGUGUAAAGCAUUCUGUUCAAUACAUUAAGAAGAAGAUCAGUGAAGAUCUUCCUACAGAGAAAUCCAUUACUCUCUUCCACUGUCUAAAUGAACUGGGUGAUAAUUCUUUAGUGGAGGAAAUUCAGCACUACCUGAAGUCUGGAAAACAAAGUGAACUCUCUUCUGCACAGUGGUCUGCUCUGGUGUUUGUGUUACUGACAUCAGCACAGGAGCUAGAAGAGUUUGACCUGAGUAAAUAUAUCAGCACAGAUAAGAUCACAGAAGCUGUUCUUCUGAAGGUGAUGCCUGUGAUUGCAGAAUCCAGAAAAGCAAGCAUCAUGUGCGAUUCACUUGGAGUAAAAAGUUGGUCAGCUCUGGUCUCAGUGUUCAGAUCAAAAACCUCCAGUCUGAGAGAACUACAUCUGACUGUGAAAACACUGGAUCUAUCUUUUAAUAACCUAGGAAACUCUGGAGUGAAUAGUCUCUCUGCUGUACUGGAGAACCCCCACUGUAAACUGGAGAUACUGAGGUUAUGUGAUUGUGGUGUAUCAGCUGAAGGCUGUGCUGCCCUGACUUCAGCUCUGAGAUCAAACCCUUCACACCUGAGAGAGUUGAAUCUGUCCUGGAGUAAUAUAGGAGACUCAGGAGUGAAAUGUCUUUCUUCUGUACUGGAGAAUCCUCAAUGUAAACUACAGAUACUGGGGAUACGUGAUUGUGGUGUAUCAGCUGAAGGCUGUGCUGCUCUGACCUCAGCUCUGAGAUCAAACCCUUCACACCUGAGAGAGUUGAAUUUGUCCUCCAAUAAACUAGGAGACUCAGGAGUGGAGUGUCUUUCUGCUGUACUGGAGAAUCCUCAAUGUAAACUACAGAUACUGGGGUUGUGUAAUUGUGGUGUCUCAGCUGAAGGCUGUGCUGCUCUGACUUCAGCUCUGAGAUCAAACCCUUCACACCUGAGAGACCUGAAUCUGUCCUGGAGUAAAAUAGAUGACUCAGGAGUGAAGUGUCUUUCUGAUGUAUUGGAAAAUCCUCAAUGUAAACUAGAGAUAUUGAGGUUGCGUGAUUGUGGUGUCUCAGAUGAAGGCUGUGCUGCUCUGACUUCAGCUCUGAGAUCAAACCCCUCACACCUGAGAGAACUGGAUCUGUCCGAAAAUAACAUGGGACACUCAGGAAAGAAGAUGAUUUCUGCGCUUAAGGAUGAUGAACAUAACGAACUACAGACUCUGUGGAUAUAGUGAACAUCUUUUAACACUCUGGCACCCCUGGAGCAGGUGAGCUUAAGGGCCUUGUUCAAGGACCCAAUGUUGAUGUCUCAGCAGCUUGUUGGCUUGAACACCUGACCUGCUGAUCAGUAACCCAAAGCCUUAACCACUGAACCAUCACGUCCCCGUUUAAUUGAUUGUGAUUAAAUACAAUGUUGUCAUUCUUUUUGUUGCUUAAUAUUGUAAAAAAAAAAAAUUUAAAAACUGUUACGUUCAAAAAUGUUUACAUUCAAAAACACUUUUUAUAUUUAAAAUAAUAUUUUUACACUAUUUAUUUUAGAAGGGAAUAUAAACAAAUUUGUCAUUUAAAUUAAAUCACCCCAUCAUAUUGGUUUAAUACCAUAACCCAACAUUGUACAGUUCACACAAUCCAGACUGGUUCACACUGCACCAAACACUAGAUUACAGAAAUGCAGAAAACAUAAUGCUUUUUUUGCUAUAAUGAUGUCCAAAAGAAGGAUUGUAGGUUUAGUUACUUUUUUAGUACAAGAGAUGUUUUGCUUAGUGUUAAAUUGUUACUGUUACAUUUAUGCCUGCCUUUUCCUUCUAUUAGAUUUUUUUUUAUACAUUAGCAGUGCUAUCUUUAGAAUACCUUGCACACCCUAAACAUUUCAUAUUUUAAAUUUAGUUACUUUUUUACUUUUUUAUGGUCAUUCAAUUCAUGGUCAUUGUGAUAUGUCACAUUGUUUCUUCAUUUCUGCCUGUCUUAUUUUAAUGGAAUUAUAAUGGCAAGUCAAGAUCAUGUCAUUUUGCCCUGAAAAAGAUUUCCUUUGCUCUUAUAAAAUUUAAGUCUGCUCAUGCACAGAUUUACGUUGUUCAUGCACAAAAUUGUUUGCACUCACACAAAAUCUUGCUUCUCAAGUACAUACCUGCAUUCAAAUAACUAUCUAAAUGUGCUGGAUGUCCUAACGGAAUCUAAAGUGAAGCAAAUGUACCCGGGGAAAAUGAUAUAACUACAGCUUAGUAUUUCACAUAUUAAUAAAGAACGCUGUACUAAUACAGUAACUGGAAUUGGCUGAUGAACCAUUUUAAUUAAUACAUUAUGUAAGGAAUUGUGGAUGUGCACAUUGUCACUCCAGCUGUACUGUAUCUAAUACCAAAAUGUGGAGACCCUUUGAACAAUUCAUAAAAUAUGGCAGGUCUUAUGUUCCAGAUAAUUAAUUAUGAUCAAGCCUGCAAAAAGGAUUUGCCAGCGGGUAGUAAGAAGAGAUAAGGCAUGAUCUGAAAAAUAAAUGAUCAUAUAUUUUUCAUCAGUGUAACAUAUUUUGCCCCAUAUGUAGAAUUAAAUAAUGAAUGAAUAUCAGCAGGCACACUAGUUAUCUAUGUAGUAACACAAAAAGUCACAAAAAGCUUUUGUUGUCAUUUCAACCAUGCACAGUUGAUCCAGUACACAGUAAAAUGGAACAACAUUCCUUUAAGGCCAAGAUGCCACAUAAACCCAUAACUAAGUAUACGACAUAGACCUAAUGUACAGUAGACAGUACUACAUAAAAUGCAUGUGUGUAAACAGUGUGUUAGAAAUUACACUCAACCCAGAUUCCAGUUCAAGAUAUAGUCAAGUUUAUUUAUAAAGCAUUUUUUUAAAACAACAAGUGUUUAUCAAAGUGCUGUACAUACAUAAAGUAAACAUGGUUUAUUAAUACAAACACAAAUAAAAGAAAAAUACUAAAGACACAAUAAAAAAGAAAGCAGCUCUCACAUGGCAUCGUACAGUACAUACGCCAGACUGUAAAAGUAAGUUUUUAGGGCAGAUUUAAAGACCUCAAGUGUUUGAGCCUGUCUAAUAUAGAGAGGCAAACUGUUCCAGAGCUUUGGGGCAGCACCUGCAAAGGCUCGGUUCCCCCCGCUCUUCAGUUUCACUCUUGGAACAGCUAAGAGCAAAUGGUCAGCAGACCUUAGUGCUCUUGAUGGAGCAUACAGAUUAAUCAAAUCUGAUAAGUAACUUGGCACUGACCCAUUAAGAGAUUUAAAAACAAGCACCAAUAUUUUAAAAUGAAUCCUAUAAUUCAGGAAGCCAGUGAAGAGACGCGAGAAUGGGAGAGAUAUGUUCCCGCUUUCAUGUGACCGUCAAUAGGCGAGCUGCCACAUUCUGGACCAUUUGCAGUCUGGAGAGAGAGAGGCCUGAUUAAUACCUAAAUAAAGGCUGUUACAGUAAUCAAGGCGAAUUGAGAUGAAAAAUAUGCACAACUCUCUGAAAGUCCUUAGAGGACAGGAAAAGUUUCACCUUGGUGAGUUGUCUCAAUUGGAAGAAACAUGAUUUAACUACUAAAUUAAUCUGUUUUUCCAAUUUAAAAUCACAAUCCAUAACAACACCUACAUUUUUUUUACAAAGGGCUUAAAGAGUUCAUAACCAAAUAGGGAUUAAAUAUCAUAGAGAAAUAUGUUUAGAACACUAAAUUAAUAAAUGUUCAUCAAUUUUAAUCAAGGAAGCGGUAGCAGAAAAUCAAGGACCAUCUCUGAGCAUAAUCUUGGAGGUGUUUUUUACAUAACUGUCCUUCUUGCUCCAUCGCUAUUCAUUCUGACAAAAUUAUUUAUUACCAAUGGUUGGAGACACUGAUUUUCUAUCAUUGUAAUAGAACUUUUGUUUUCCAUAUAUCAUAUCUUCACAUUUCAAAUUUCCAAUUAUUCCCAUUUUCCACAUAGAUUUGAGGAUAAAUAAGAAAACUUAUUAGUAUCAGCUAGAACUUUAUACAAAGUAUAAAGUUGAGAAUAAAAGUUAAUAUACACAUUUAUACUACAAUUAUGAUUUGCCCAGAUCUGCUUAGUAACACUAACUCUCUUUAUUGACACUUGCUGUCAUCACAUCCUUUUAGAUAUAUCUUUUUGCCUUUUAUUUUUUUUACAACAAACAAGACUGCACUGAAGUUAGUUAACCCCUAGACGUCCCAGCCUUGAUUUGACUGAAGCAUAUCAAAGCAGAGAUAAAUCUAGACUCUAUAAGUCUUCCUUGCUUAUUGCUAUCUGAUGCACUUCAAUGAUUUUUGCCUAUAAAUCUUUUUUUGCUUUUAUUUCUUUGCAUCUGAAUAGCCUGGUACUAACUGAAUUAAUCAGACAUUAAUGGGAUUGUAGAGAUGUUGAAAGGCCUUAGAAUUAAAUAACCCUCAAGUAAUUUUUCAGUUCUAUUUCACAUUUUUAGCUCUAUACAUGUAUAAAAAAGUGUGUGUGUGCUCAUGUCACUUGAUUUUCAGUUUUCAAUCACCUCUAGACUUCUCUAUGUCUGGCCUAUGAUUGACUGGAAUGACUAUGUUAUUGUGUAUAUUGUGUAAAUUUAGAUUCAGAGUAUUCUUUGUGAUUAAAAACUUUUAUGCCA